UCUCCCCAACCGUAAAGAAAAAGGUUCAAAUAACAUCCCUGAUCUAAACUCUCUACCCGAAAAAAGGGGAAAACGAGUUUCACAAUUGGAGUAGCUUGGAAAUUGAAAUCCCAGUGAAGAAAAGAAAGGAAAUGGAAAAGGAAGCAAAGAAAGAGGCUUUCAGAAAGUAUCUGGAGGCCAGUGGAGUUCUUGAUGCUCUAACCAAAGUCCUUGUCGCACUGUACGAACAGAAUGACAAACCUUCUUCAGCUCUUGAAUUUGUUCAGCAAAAAUUAGGUGGUCCAACGGUGUCCGAAUAUGAAAAGCUACAAGCUGAGUUAUCAGAUUUGCAAAUCAGAUAUGACGAACUGCUAAAAGAGCACCAAGAAAGAUGCAGGGAGUUAGAGGAAUUGAAACAAACACAAGUAGAAGCAUCAACUAAGGAGCCUAAUAAAAAUGCUCAUGAUGAAGAACUCAAGAGUACAGUCGAAUGUAGUAAAGAGUUUAAAAAUGCUCAAUUCUUUUGAAUACUGGAGCUGUUGUAUCUCAUUUGUUUAUGAGAGUUUGUUCUGUAGUUUCUUUCAAAUUUCACACUAACAAAUUCAUAACAUAUGUAAAAUCAUAGUUCAAAUA